AUGAAUGGGUCCCAAGAAGCCGAUGAAGAUGAUCUGGUGAUCGUUGGAAGCACUGGUACAUUCAGUUCAGACCUUCCCCACGCGAGAGCGCAUUGUGUAAAUAGACCUUUUCGAUCGACAAAAGAACGUGUUGGAAAGGAGGAAGGGGGGAACAACGAGAUGUUUUGCCCGAACUGCUUUUGUUACGUAUGCGACGUUAAAGCUUCAGAUUGUAAAGGUUGGCUCAAGGUUGGACACUGUCAUGCUCAUGACAAGGACCCAUACUGGAGGGCUUUGAGA